CUGAAAAGAGGAAGGAGUCAAAGAAGAGAUGAGGAAGGGAAAGGGGACAGAAGAGACAGGGAAGGGGGACAGAAGAGAAGAGAUAAGGAAAGGGAAGGGAAAGGACAUAGAAAAGGCUCUAUUUUAGGCUCUAUUAUUUGAGGCUCUAUUUUACUUUUUAAGUUUUUAUAAACAUGAAUCUUUCAGUCACCGGUUGGAGGUACGCAUCACCUAUCGCACAGCACUUCCGUCUCUACGCCCAAGUUCGAUAUGGCCACAACAAUCAAAAAAGAACGAGAACAUGCCAAGGUGGAACGAGGGACGCACCGAUCAACGGCGACCUCAUAUUUCAAAUGAUUGAAGAUCUCCACGAGUUUGAUAUUAACAUCUGGAGGAAGAGCAGAUUGGGGAGUGUCCGGAAGGACAAGCUUAUUGCUUUCGGAAGGAUUCGUUUGGAUGAUCAGGUUCUUGGCGGCAGGCAAAGCAUAAAAACGUGGCAACUGCAACGUCCGCCCCAGUAUAUACAAAUUCCCCAUAGCUCGAUCUUAGUUAGCUUUCUAUUGUUCAAGCUGAUCUUAGAUAACACAUGGAAGUCCUUCAUUAACUACAGAUCAAUCGUGUAACUCUGAACUGUGUUCAGUCAGAACCAUGUUCAAUUUUAAUCUAUAUGAAUCUGCCUAUUGUGAUUUAUAUUUCCUGUGGAUCACUCUUUAAGUCACAAAAUUACGUAUCUGCUAUACAUACAUUGUCAACUGACCCUAUCUUUGUGGAGACAGCAAAGGAGCAGAUAUUGCAGGUGAAGUAAACUUGGUAAUAAGCUGUCCGUUAGUUCAGCCUGUUCAGAACGUUCCGCCGUCUCCUUCUGCACCGUAUGGCUAUCCUCAUCGUUAAUCUUCUGAAUCCUACAGAAAAGCCUCCAGGUCGUUGAUGGGAACCGAAGGUGGAUGAAUCAUGGAAGCUCAAGGCUUGAUCACCACGUAUGCCGUUGCAUUCGGAUGGUGCACCUUAUGUUGGAGUCGUCCCCGCAGUUCAGUACUCAUCGGUUGGAGGGACACAACAGCUAAUACACAUAGCCACCAUACACAUGGCCACCAUCUCUACGCCGUAGUUCGAUAUGGCGACAAAAGUUGCACAACGGGGACAUGCAAAGGUGGAACGGGGACUGCACCAUUCAACGACGAACUCACAUUUCAAUUCAUUGAAGAUCGCCACGAGUUUGAUGUUGCCGUCUGGAGGAAGAGUAGAUUGGGGAAGAUCGGGAAGGACAAGCUUAUUGCUUUCGGAAAGAUUCGUUUGGAUGAUCAGGUUCUGGGUGGUAGGCCAAGCAGAAGGACAUGGCACCUGCACCAUCCGCCCGAGCAUGGAGCAGAUAUAAAUGCAGGUGAAGUAACUUUGGAAAUAAACUGUCCGUUCGUUCAGAACGCUCUGCCGCCUCCUGCACCGUAUGGCUAUCGUCAUGGUUAAUCUUCUUAAUCCUACAGAAAAACCUCCAGGUCGUUGAUGGGAACUGAAGGUGGAUGAAUCAUGGAAGCCGAUGGUUUGGUCACUACGAAUGCCGUUGCUUUGGAUGGUGCACCUUAUGUUGGAGUCGUCCCCGCUGUUCAGUUACCAAGACUCUGUAGUUUGUUGACUAUGUAUUUUUGUAAAUGGCUUUCACAAUGUUAGUUUCUAAAUAAUCCGUCAAUUUGAAUAUUUGUGCGAUAAGUUUCAAGUUCAUGGUAUUGUAAUGAUUUUUUCCAUGUAUGUUUCUACAUCGUGGUUGAAGUGUGCUGUAUAGAACUUAUGUAAUUAUGUUCCAAGCUGCAGUGUUGAAUUGUUUGUCUCAUGUAUACAAGUUCUACAAAGUGGAUCUCCACGUAGAA